GCGAGUGACGCGUUCCCCGGCGGCUCCGAAUAUAGGGAAUAUUCCAUGGGAUGGACAUUUUGUUUCCGUAAGGCGGCAACGACGUCAGCGCCCUGAUCCGAUCGCGGUCGUUCAUAUUGUUUGACACCGAGGAAAUCGCUCGUACCGUUCGCCGGGCUCAAGGAACCGUCGCGCGAUACCUGCCGCACCGUUACGAACGACGCGUGCCCACGGAUGCGUGUAGACGUUUCCGCUGGACCGGUUAUGUAAAAAUUCCUCUCGGACAGCUCUUAUCGUUCGAUCCCGCGACCAAGUUUCCCGUGCGUCGUUGGCAUUUCGAAGGAAUCGCGUCGCGCGUGCGUUCGCGAUCCCGACGAGUCCCUUAAGUGGUAUGUCGCAUGGCGUCCCGGGCGGUGCACGCAGAGUCUCCGGUUACACUGAUACGCCGGCUGCGUUCUUCUUUCUGCUCGCGUUAUCGUCAGAAUAGCGUGGAAUGCCGUGAGCGUGCCUGCGAAAGAAACCAGCAACAGAAAUAGAGAAACCAGAGUGGGAGAGUGCGAGAGAGUGUCACAGUGUCGCACAGUGAGAGAGAGAGAGAGAGAGAGAUAGAGAUAGAGUGAGAGGGGGAGGGAGAGAGAGAGAGAGAGGGAGAGAGAGAAAGAAGCCGAUCGAAAUCUAUCGAUAUAGGUAAAACCGGAGGGACGAGCUGGGAAAUAAAGUUAAGCCCGAGGGAGUCGGUCGCGUUCACGCGGGGGCUACACGGGAAAGGCGUGGACGGAUCGGGUACGCGAGUUAACGUGCACAGGCAGGGCAAGACGCACGCCAACACCAUGGGCCUAAGUUGAGCUCGACGCAGAAGAAGCUACCGUCUGGCCAAGGGAAAGCGUUCAAGUCUUUGUUGCAGACCAAACUCUGCGUGCCUACGAAGUUGGAUCAGAGCCAUCCUAUGAAGAAGGUUGGAAGGCCGGUGGGUUCUACCAAGAAAGGAGCUUUCGCCAGUAAAAGCGCAGAGGCCAAAUCGUCCAAGAUGCAGCCAGAGUCGGAAGAGGCAGAGACCAAGCUGGACAGAACCGUGGAGAACAAAACUCCAAAGCAGGAGACUCCCAAGGAAACCGACAACUCUCUGGAGAAGCAUGUAGACCAUGCGCCCGCUGAGCCUGUUCAGGUAACCAAGGAGGAGCAGCAGGCGAGUAAAGAGUUGGUAACAGAGAAGGAAGCAGCAGACACCGAGAGAAAGGACGAAACGGACUCCGCGGAGAGCAAGGAGGUGGAAGAGCAGGACGAGACUGAGGAAAACGAUUUGAAGUUGAGCUUGGAAGCCGACGACAGCCCCGUGAAGGUUCGAGACGACAAACCAAGCGAGGAGGAACCUCCGAGCAAAGAGAGCCAGGACAGUCAGGUCCGGAUAGAAUCAGAAAGCUCACAAGAGAAGAAAGAGGACAAUACCCCAAACAUAAACGACUCUCAGAACGACAUGGAAAGCAGCUCGUUGGACGUCCCAGAGUCGCCCAGGUCAGAGCUGUCUGAAGUUUCAGAGACCACGUCGCAGAACGACACUCGGAACGAGAAGGACAAGGACGAGGAGUCGACGGACGACAAGGAGCAAUCCUUCGUCUCCUACGACCCCGCCAUAAUGCUGAAGGACGUGCAGAUCAAGCUGAACGACUGCAUGAAGGAGAGCAGCUCAAAGGCGUGCGAGGCGAGCAGCGCGGAGCCGGCUCGCGAGCGGGAAUCCGAGGCUGACCGCGAGCAGGACCGCGAGGAGAUGUCCUCGCGACCCUACCAGGACCUGUCCUUCGGCAAGACGCUCAGGGGCAUCUCCGGCAGGCGCUCGCUGAGCAGAAUGCGGCACGUGACGAUCCGCGAGCACAGGUACUCGCCGAACAACUCCAUGUUCGUCAACAUGUCCAGCGCGUCGCUGAUGCCGGACGACAACGAGGACUUCAAGAUCCUGCGGUACAGCACCGGCCUGUCGGACACCGUCUCGACGAGCAACGGCAGCCCCACGGAGAAGAAGCGGAAGCACGAGGCCAGCGAGGACUGGACCUCAGCGACCAAGAAGCAGAAGACCAACGAGUCCGACAACAGUUUGCUCAACUCAUCGCUCGGGCUGCUGAAGGGUCUGCGCAGGCCCAUACAGGUCUCCACGCCGGUGUCCGAGCUCAAAUUCCAGACCAACAAGCUGGACCUGUCCGACGAGGAGAACAAGCCCAUCAACGACCGCGCCAAGAAAUGGUGCGCGAUCAUGUAAAUCGAAGAGUUUUCUACGCGCGUAUACACUUUCCUUUUGCUCGCACGCGAGGAGAGCGGCCCCCGUGCCAUUCGUAGGGAUAAGCGUGAACGUCGAGCGUUCAUCGGAGACACCGUUCGACCAUUUGCCCGAUGCAACGCGGAACUGCGUUUCCUCGACGAUCGUACUACGACACUUUUAUAUGUUACUCUUUAUUCCUUGUUGCGCGUGUCGCGUCUGUAAUCCACCGUCCAUCGUCUCGACGGGACCACGUUUGACACGUUAAGCGCCAUGUCGGUCACUGGUAAAAAUCAAUCGUAAAAAUGCUCAACGACGCAACUAAGUCGAUAGUAACGCGAACGUUGCAAAGCGAAACAAUUCAUUGUUCCCGCUUCUCUCUGCUACAAAAGACAAACUAUGGGGAAACGCUUAAGAUUCUCGUGGCGCUUAGCGUGUUAAGGUAACAGAUGUUUCUCUGGAGAAUGGUUGAGCAAAUUGAUUUAGCAAUACGAAAACUGAAUCAUAAAUCAGCACGUUAAGCGCCAUGUCAGUCACUGAUGACCGACGCUUCUGACUGACUAAAAAUCAAUCGUAACGUACAAGACGACCGAUGUCAAAUAAAAAUGCUCAACGACGCAAGUCGAUAGUAACGCGAACUGCAAAGCGAAACAAUUCAUUGUUCCCGCUUCCUUUGCUACAAAAGACAAACCAUAAGAUUCUCGUGGCGCUUAACGUGUUAAGAAAGACAUCUCGAGCGUGAUUCGCGCGAGUUCGGUUCUCUUUUAAAUCUUGACUACACACGAUUAUUGUACAAAGCCGUCGGUCUCGCGCGUUCGCCGCGAACGAGCGGCCGGCGUAGGUACGGAGCGGCUCGUUAAGUUUUUAUCAAGGUUAUUAGCUCCGUCGUUUAUCAUCGCCCUCGAGAGCAAACACGUUUCACUCGAGCAACGGGGACGCGAUUACAGGGAGAACGCGUCCGAGUAUUGAAUGGUUCGAUCGAUAGACUGUAUUUUUCGUG